AUGUCAACAAGUGAGAAUAAGAACACGAAAAUCUACAAACUCCCAAAGUUGAAGGACGAUGGGUCCAACUACAACGCGUGGAAGUUUCGUCAAACGACAGUUUUGAAACUGUGUGGAUUAUUUGGCGUAGCAAACGGAACCAAUAACUUGCCCAACUCACCCACCGAAGCUGAACUAAAAGACAACGCAAAAGUCUCAAACUAUAAAGAGUCAAUUGCUAAGUGGACAAAACAGGAUGAGGACGCGUUUGUGCAAAUCACGCUGAACAUGGAAGAUGGAGCUAUGGCGGACGUAAUGGACACGACUACGGCUAAGCAAGCAUGGACUCGAAUAGUCAAACGCUGGGAAGGAAAAGGCGUCCAAUCGCUAUCUUUCUUAUAUCAGCAGCUUACCUUGACAAAAUUUUGGAAGAUGACAACAUUGCUACUGGUUUAA